GUGAUUGCAGUAGACUGGAAGGGACUGAAAGAUGUGGACCAAAUCAAUAUGGACAGCACCAGUUCACUGCAUGGCAGCAGCUUCCAUCGACCUUCCAAUGAGCAAACACGGACAGAUUUCUCCUGGGAUGGUAUCAAUCUCUCCAUGGAAGAUACAACCUCCAUCCUCCCCAAGCUGAAACGCAACUCCAAUGCUUAUGGGAUUGGGGCUUUGGCUAAAUCAUCUUUCUCUGGGAUAUCUCGCAGCAUGAAGGACCAUGUCACAAAGCCAACGGCUAUGGGCCAAGGCCGUGUGGCACACAUGAUUGAAUGGCAAGGCUGGGGCAAAGGUAACAGCCAGCAGCAGCAGCACACGCACGAGACAGCACGCAAAGACGCUGAUGCCUACUCAGACCUGAGUGACGGUGAAAAGGAGGCCCGGUUCCUUGCAGGAGUGAUGGAGCAAUUUGCUAUUUCUGAGGCAACUCUCAUGGCCUGGUCCUCCAUGGACGGUGAGGAUGUGAGUGUAAACUCAAAUCAGGAGAACCCAGCAGGCAACUACUCUGAGAACUAUCAGGAGCUAAUGGAAAGCCAAGAGCAUAUGGCCCAGACGCAGUAUGACAGCUGGCCUCAUUCCUACGUCUCGCAGGGCAUGUAUUGCUUAGGUUCGUCCGACGCCUGGGAGACCAGUGACCAGUCCCUCAUUGCUUCCCCAGCAACUGGCUCCUACUUAGGCCAGAAUUUUGACGAGUCCCAGACAAACCUUCAGGAAAGCAUUUUGAUUCAGAACAGCCUUCUCCAGCAGCAACAGCUGCAGCAACAGCGGCAGGAGCAGAACUUCAUCCAGAGCACGGGGCUGGUCCACGUGUGGCCCUUGCAGACUGCUCAGAGUGGGGGUGGGGCUGAGUCCAGCACAUACAUGGAGGACCACAUUGAGGAUGAAGGGAACCCACGGCUGGAGAAGGCUCCUCUCCUAAACAAGAAGCCCUCUCCAGAGGAGGAUGAUGCAGUGUGCCGGGACCUGGAAUCACUGUCUCCUCGAGAGGAGAUGGAACAUGCUGCACUGAGCCGCAAAGUCUCAGAUGUCACCUCCUCUGGGGUGCAGUCUUUUGAUGAGGAAGAGGGAGAAACAAACAACUGAUGCUUUCUGUGAUGUUCUCAUCACUGCUGAACAAAGAGAGGGGUGGCAAGGAAUGAAUUGACAGGGAUUCUUCUCUCCAGCUCCCCAUACUUCCUAGCAGACAUACCUUCCAUUCCUGACAUUUAUUUUUUUAAACAAGAGGGAAAUGUCAAAGUGAUUGACACAUGAAGACCUCUUCUUCCCCUCCACCAUGGACAUACAGUUUUAAUUUUCAUUGCUCUGGGCAACACAUGUGAGGUGCUUGCAGAGAUCUGGAUUGGUAAAUCAUUUGUAAGUCUUUUUAAUACAAAGUCUUGACUGUGGAUAC